AUGUCAAUCCAACGCCUUGUUCGUUUCGUCUCGAAAGAUGAUGGCAAGACUUAUUACGGUGCUGCAGAUGAGGCCCUCCAAUUCGCCAGUCCUCUUCAAGCAGGAAGCCCAUUCUCGCCUACGACUAAAGUCGGCGACAGCAAGCACAGUAUUCAGAAGCUCUUGUGUCCCAUUGACAUCGACCAUGCUCGGUCUGUUGUUUGCAUCGGGUUGAACUACACGGACCACGCUGAAGAAGCCAAGAUGGCUAUCCCAAAGGUUCCAGUUGUUUUCUUCAAGCCAGUCACUGCGCUCACUGGCCCAUACGACGACCUUGUCCUCCCUUGCACUUCAUGGGAAAAGGGAAGACUCGACUACGAAUCAGAACUGGUCAUUGUGAUUGGCAAGAAAGCUUCGCGGGUGUCCAAGGAUGACGCACUGGAUUAUGUCUUCGGCUACACGGCAGGUAACGAUAUCUCAAACAGAGCAUGGCAGCUUGAACCCAACUUGGGCGGAGGCCAAUGGUGCUACUCGAAAUGCUUCGACUCCUCCGCUCCUAUAGGCCCUGCGAUCGUGUCAAAAGGCACCCUUGGUUCUGCUGUCGGUCUUGGGAUUCGCGGUACCCUCAACGAUACCCAAGUGCAAGAUGGUAACACCAACAAUAUGAUCUUCUCUGUGCCUGAGAUUGUGUCAUUCUUGAGCCAGGGCAUGACCCUGCUUCCUGGAACCCUCAUCUUCACUGGAACACCCGCUGGCGUUGGGUUUGGCAGAAGGCCUCAGGUUAGUAUGAAGGAGGGCGAUGUCACCAAGGUUGAGAUAGAUGGUAUUGGUGCUAUUGCAAACAAAGUUGUAUAUGAAGAAUAG